GAUGGAUGACCGACUUCCCAACAUCCUCCUCCUCUUCCUUUGAUGUUGAUCCUGUCUCCUCCUCGGCGAUCCUAGCGAAGAACAUCCGAGUAGGGUCUUCUUCUUGUUCUCCUUUACUAAUCAUGAAGAUGUGGGCCUUCUUCUUCGUCGGCCUUCUCUGCACCCAUCUCUCGCCGGUCUCCGCCAGGAUCGGAGCUUCAGAUUCGAGUAGGACCCAACCGACCGAGCGCAUCUCUGGCAGUGCAGGUGAUGUUCUGGAAGAUGACCCGGUGGGAAGGUUGAAAGUAUUCGUUUAUGAACUCCCAAGCAAGUACAACAAGAAAAUUCUUCAGAAGGAUCCCAGAUGCCUGAAUCACAUGUUUGCUGCUGAAAUCUACAUGCAUCGCUUUCUCUUAUCUAGCGCCGUUCGAACCCUGAAUCCUGAAGAAGCUGAUUGGUUCUACACUCCUGUUUACACCACGUGUGACCUGACACCGAAUGGUCUCCCUCUGCCUUUUAAGUCUCCCAGGAUGAUGAGAAGUGCUAUACAACUAAUCUCCUCAAAUUGGCCUUAUUGGAAUCGGACUGAAGGAGCUGAUCACUUCUUUUUAGUACCUCAUGAUUUUGGAGCAUGCUUUCAUUACCAAGAGGAGAAGGCCAUUGAAAGAGGAAUUUUGCCCCUGCUCCAACGUGCCACCUUAGUGCAGACUUUUGGUCAAAGAUAUCAUGUUUGCUUGAAAGAUGGCUCGAUCACAAUUCCCCCAUAUGCUCCUCCACAGAAAAUGCAAGCCCACCUGAUUCCUGAGAAGACUCCUAGAUCCAUUUUUGUGUACUUCCGAGGUCUGUUUUAUGACGUUGGAAAUGAUCCUGAAGGUGGUUAUUAUGCAAGGGGUGCACGAGCGGCGGUCUGGGAGAACUUUAAGGACAAUCCCCUGUUUGACAUCUCGACGGAGCACCCUUCAACUUAUUAUGAGGAUAUGCAAAGGGCUGUCUUCUGCUUAUGUCCACUUGGGUGGGCUCCUUGGAGUCCAAGAUUGGUCGAAGCCGUGAUUUUUGGAUGCAUUCCAGUUAUUAUAGCGGACGACAUAGUAUUACCCUUUGCUGAUGCAAUUCCGUGGGAAGAAAUUGGGGUGUUUGUUGAUGAGAAGGAUGUGCCUAACUUGGAUACCAUUCUGACCUCAAUUCCUCCAGAAGUAAUAUUGAGAAAGCAGAGGUUGCUUGCAAAUCCUUCGAUGAAGCAGGCAAUGUUAUUUCCGCAACCGGCUCAACCGGGGGAUGCUUUCCAUCAGGUUCUGAAUGGUCUUGCACGCAAGCUACCGCACGGGAGGUCAGUUCACCUGAAGCAAGGGCAAAAGAUUUUGAAUUGGACUGCAGGCCCUGUUGGGGACUUGAAACCGUGGUAGCAUCACAUAGAGCUCAAACAUCAACGAGUUGUCCAGUGCUCUGUGUCUCAACAUUGUAUCGAAAUUUCAGAAGAUGACAUCAAAGUGUAAAAAGUUGUGAUUUCGCUAACAUGUAUCUGGAUAUGAUAUUAACUUUACAGUUUCUGAUACCUGGAGUACGUCAUCCUUACAUUAGUCGAUGGUGGCUGAAGUGUAUGAGUUGUUGAUCUAGGAGUGGGUUUUGUUGA